CUGAGUGACGUCAGAGGCGUGUCACUGAGUGGGCCCUAUGAGAGCAGAGUGUGUUUGUUCCCUUCCUGUUUGUGAGCAGGUGAGACACACCUGAGGAGCGGCAGUCACACACAGCACACGGAGGUCGUUCCCACCGGAUCUCACUUUGACCGUUUCACCGUUUUUACCUGAGACUCACCUGGAAGACUACUUCCGGUCCUCCUGAGGGCGCGUGGGACUGUCAGUGCAGAGCGGGGACAGAAUCCGGACUCGGUAAACUUUACCUGUAAACUUUUUUGGGGACUGCAGCUGAAGAAUGUCCCAGACCUCCUCCCCUCCCUCCCUCCCCCUCCUCCUCCUCUUCCUUCUCCUCGCGCGCGCCGCUUGCGCGGCAGAGGACGCGUCCUCUACCGCGUCCUGCAGCAGCUCGUUCCGGCAGGGUCAGGUAGACUUUGUUCUGGACGUGGAGGACGCGGUGAAGGAGGGAGCGGCUCUGCUGGCCACCACGCGCGUCCAGGAGGCGGCAGACUGCGAGCGCGCGUGCUGCGCGGAGCCGCGCUGCGACAUGGCGCUGCUGGAGCCGCGCGGCAGCGGAGCGGCAGCCGCGGAGAGCCGCACCUGCGUCACAUUCAACUGCGUCCACAGAAACCGCUUCGUGUGCAGGUUCGUGAACCAGCCCGGGUACCAGAGCUUCAUCAAACAGGCCGUGUUCCAGAAACAUCUGCAGGGCCCACAGGGACCAGGUGAGUCCAGCAGCCCAGGAGAACAGGUGCAACCCAUCGCCAUUGCGGGUCGUGAUGUCAUCGUUCAGCCUGGAACGACGGUGAUGCUCAACGGCAUCGAGAGCCUGGCGCUGGGCGACGCCCAGAUUGAGCGGUACCGGUGGAAUCAGCAGAGCGGGCAGGACGGCAUCACGAUAGAGAAGACAGAUCUACCGGACCAGGUGAGACUCUCUGACCUGAAGCCGGGCACCUACGUCUUCCAGCUGACCGUCAUCGACUCCAACGACCAAUCACACGCCACCAAGGUCAACGUGCUCGUCCUCGGCCCCGAGCAGACCAACAUGUACUGCCGGGCUGAGAGGAAGGUGGGUCCGUGUCGCGCUGCGUUCCCUCGCUGGUACCACGACGCCGUGGCGGGUGAAUGUAAACAGUUUGUGUUUGGAGGCUGUAAACAAAACAAAAACAACUUCCUGUCCAAGGAGGAGUGUGAGUCGGCCUGCAGCGGGGUCACAGCGUCGACAGAGAGAGGCAUCGUCAAGUCUUUUAAGGAGGAGUGCGGCGUGGAGUGUGCUGAUGACCAGCUGACCUGUGACAGCGGCUGCUGUGUGGACCGGAGCGUGGAGUGUGACGGCGUGAAGCACUGCAGCGACGGAUCAGACGAGAUGCACUGCUUCAAACUUAAUCAGACGUUAAACCGGCUGCUGAACAUCGAUGUGAACCAAAAGAAAGCUCGGUGCUCGGAGCCCCCCCUCACGGGACCAUGUCGAGCAAGUUUCUCCCGCUGGUACUACGAUCCUCUGAACAAGAAGUGCUACCGCUUCACCUACGGGGGCUGCAAAGGAAACGAAAACAACUUUGAGAAGGAAGAGAAGUGCAGCGAGACCUGCGACGGAGUCACAGAGCGCAGUGUGUUCUUCAGAGGGCUGUUUGGUCGUUAUGAACAAGAGGAAGAAGAAGAAGCAGGAAAUGACUCUGCAAACAUAGCGCUGGCUGUCCUGCUGUCGGUGGCCAUCUUGGCUCUGCUAGCGAUCCUCUCCUACUGUUUCCUCAAGAAGAAGAAGGAGCGUUCCCAUAGGCCCGUCUCCACAGGCCCCGCCCACGUGGCGCUGUCGGAGCAGGACACGCUCGUCUACAACAGUACCACCAAACCUGUAUGACAUCAUCCCCUUCACACCUGUAUGAUGUCAUCACUGCUGUGACCAUGACAACCACAUGAAGCUGUUUCCCUCUUCCUGUGUUUCCUAACCUCACUAAGAUUUCAAACAAACUUUAUUUAAACAGCUGAUCAUGAGCGCAGGUUGUAUCUUUUUACAGUGUGCUAAUGUUAAAACAUGUUUUAACAGUAUGCUAAUGUUAAAACGUGUUUUUACAUAGUGCUAAUGUUAAAAUAUAUUUUUACAGUGUGAUAAUGUUAAAAUAUA